AGCCAGCAAGCCUCUACACUGCGUACAUUGUGCAAACAGACGUACCCGGGGGUAGUCGCCGAGAUCGGUUGAGUAACGCGGCUAUAAAAGCUAUCAAGUGGCCAGGAUUAGCCACAAAGAACAAAGGGCGCACCCAGCUCCAGUCAUGGCCACAGAGAAGCAACAGAGGCAUGGAGAGAAGCGGAAGGAGGCGGAGGAGGACGAGGAGGCCAGGUUGCCCGAGCUCAGUUUUGUGCGCGAGAAGCUGCAAAAGUUCCAGUCCAAGAUGCUGCAGGACUUUGAUCAGCGGCUGUCCUGCAUGGUGGAGGACGUCCUGCAGGACCUCCGCCAGCAGGAGCUGCGUGCCCACGAGUUCCCCAACUUUGGGAGAUCAAAUGUCAAGAGCACCUGGCACAAUCGCGUCACCAGUACAGCGCCCGCGGACGUCAGCGACUCACCAAAUGGUCAUGCAAAUGGUGGAGCCACCACAGCGACGGCGCCGGCGCAGCAAUCGAAGAAGCCCGGCCAAAAGCAGCGGCGACAGCUGCCCGAAAAGGUUUUCGUGGCGCGGGAAUCGUAUCUUACGGCGCUACUGCAGGUGGAGCACAUGCGCACCAUCUACCACAUCUUCUACAUUAUUCUGAUCAUGUUCCUGCUGAACGUGAUCUGCCACGAUUACUUUGUGGACGGGCGGAUUGACCUCGGACUGGGCACCUUCCGGGGCGGACUACGGCGUCUGCACUGGGUAAUGGGCACUUGGCUGCUGGAGCAUGUCUUUGUCCUGGCGCUCUACUUUGCCUUCCGAGGAUGGGCGAUGGUCAGACACAAGUUGAAACCGCACAGCUCCCUUCAGCAUUUUUGGUCACACAGCUGCCUUAUUCUGUACAUCAGCUCCCAGCUGGUGUUCUGCUUCGCGGCCAGUUCCCUCUGUCUAAAGUUUGAUCUGCCCUUCGUGAGCGGCUGUGUCCUGCUCUUGGAGAGCACUCGCCUGCUGAUGAAGAUGCACGCAUUUGUCAGAUCCAAUGCGGCUCGAGUGGUGGCGGGGAAACUAAAACAGGAGGAUCAGGAAAAUGAGGAGAAGCCCACAGGACGACCUUUUGUGCCGCCAUUAAGCUGCUACAUCUACUUCCUGUUUGCACCCACUCUCAUCUACCGGGACAGCUAUCCGCGCACCUCACACAUCCGCUGGAAGUUUGCCCUGAAUCGCCUCCUGGAGGUUGUGGCCAUUGCAUUCCUCUACGCCUUUAUUCACGAGCGGCACAUCCACGAGCACUUCGGUCAGUACGGCUUGGAGCCUAUGGACGCCUCGAAGCUCAUCCUUAAGCUGUUUGGAAUGCUGCUGCCCUGCCAAGUGAUCUUUCUUUGCGGCUUCUACCUGAUCCUCCACUCGUGGCUGAACUUCACCGCGGAGCUGCUGCGCUUUGGUGACCGAAUGUUCUACAAGGACUGGUGGACGUCGCACACUUACGAUGCCUACUACAGGAACUGGAACGUGGUGGUCCACGACUGGCUGUACGAGUAUGUCUACAAGGAUAUGUACGUGCAUGUAUUCCGGGGCUCCAAGUUGGCUGCCUCACUGGCUGUCUUCAUGAUCUCCGCGGUGGUGCACGAGCAGGUUCUCGGCUUAGCUCUGCAAAUGUUCUUUCCAGUCAUGUUCUUCUUCUUUGGGAUUGUAGGCGUCUCGCUGGUAUUCCUUAUGCGUAGCGCUCCCAAAAUACUGGGCAACGUCUUCCUGUGGUUCUCUUUAAUCUCAGGCAAUGGCAUACUGAUUUCGCUCUACGCCAUGGAACACUAUGCCAAAAAGAACUGCAAUCUGAGUCACGACAGCUGGACGGACAGCCUGGUCCCGGCGGUGUGGCGCUGCUACAAUAGGACAAAUUAAUUAACAACCUCUACUUUUAAUUGUUAGUACACUUGGCGUACGCUUCGAUUGUAUUUUAGGUAAAUAAACUAAUGAAAUUAA